GAAAGGCUUCCGUAGAAGUUCUGGAUUGUGUUACUAGCGAUGAUCACGUGGGCUUUCAGGAUUGUCAAAGGAACAAAAGUAGCCAAAUGACGCUCGUGCCACUCGAUCGCAGAGCCCACUCAAAGACUCCCCUAGCAGCCCAAUGUCAUGAUCCAUCGUCUUGUCUGCCCUGAGGCAAGAGGUUGCUUCCCCACUACAUCUGUCCGGCGAUUUUGGACCGGUCCUUGCUCGUCGCUCAAUUGUCUUUUACUCAUCUCUCAUCCUCGCGGAUCAUAUAUAACAUGUACACCAUCCAACUACCUACCCUCGGCUUCAUCCCACCUUCAGCCCUCUUCCCUUCGAGCAUCUAAUCUUCUGUCGGUUAGCCGCUGGUUCCGGCUCCGACAACCCAUCUGACAGCCAAGGUCAACUAAGGACAUAGGCCACAAAGCGGCACCAUAGUCUGUGGCCCGGAGCUUCGAACAAAGGACACGAGGCACUCCGUUCGCUUUGGCUUUCCUUUAGCGCCUACAGGCUUGCAGCUAUAAGUGAGUACGGCCGCACAUACUGUACCAUUACUCUCCCCCAACCCACCGGGCUCGCAAGUCUUCAUCCCAGCAUACCCCACAUCGUACGCGCAGCUCGCGACGAUAUCCCCUAUUCCUAUACCCACCGCGAAUUCCAUACCCACUUCUCCCAUACCCACUUCGAUCAUACCCCGUCCGAAUCCGCACUGAUGUCGCGCGCAACCCACACCGCAUCUGCCCCAGUCUCCGGCUCCGUCGCGCGCACGGGCCGCUCGUACGACGCGUAUCGCGUCCCCCGAGAGCUCGCCCCGGGAUUCAUGGACAACGGCACCAUCUCCGCCAACCACCCGAUCGUCCAACAGUUCGUCGCCUUCGCCGCCCGCAAGCUCCUCGCCGCAGAAGCCCUCGACGCCGCGACUGGACACGCUGCUAUCGCCGAUCGACACAGAAGCCCCAAACACCCCGAGGUCACUCUCUGGCGACUCGAGGAGGGCGGCGUCGCGUGCGUAGGGGACGUCGAGGAUGCGCUGGGCGCUCCGGUGCCGGCCCGUCUGGCGGAGGCGAUCUUCGCGUUGGCCGCGUUGGCCGUGUACGCGUUCCCGAUGCGUCCAGCGCAUUGGGCGUUCUGGGCGGAGAAUAGCCAGAAGCGGGUUUCAGGGUUGAUUCACGGGGUCGUAUUCUCCGGCUCCGUCGCGCGCACGGGCCGCUCGUACGACGCGUAUCGCGUCCCCCGAGAGCUCGCCCCGGGAUUCAUGGACAACGGCACCAUCUCCGCCAACCACCCGAUCGUCCAACAGUUCGUCGCCUUCGCCGCCCGCAAGCUCCUCGCCGCAGAAGCCCUCGACGCCGCGACUGGACACGCUGCUAUCGCCGAUCGACACAGAAGCCCCAAACACCCCGAGGUCACUCUCUGGCGACUCGAGGAGGGCGGCGUCGCGUGCGUAGGGGACGUCGAGGAUGCGCUGGGCGCUCCGGUGCCGGCCCGUCUGGCGGAGGCGAUCUUCGCGUUGGCCGCGUUGGCCGUGUACGCGUUCCCGAUGCGUCCAGCGCAUUGGGCGUUCUGGGCGGAGAAUAGCCAGAAGCGGGUUUCAGGGUUGAUUCACGGGGUCGUAUGUGAGUGUUCUGAUUGUGUGUGGUCGACAGGAAGCUGGUUGACUGAGGACCGUGGAAUGUCAGGCGCCGACCCGAAGGUCAUCCACGUCCCAAACGGGGUGUCUUGGGACAGUGCAGACCGCGCUGUCAAAGACCUACGCUUUUGGCAUAAGGGCUGGAGGGAGGAGGACACCCAGGGACCGCUGGAGAGACGCAGGAGUCCUCGCAAGCCGAAGAAGUCUGCUAGCGGCGACAUCCCUCCCUCGAGCGCGACCAAGCAGCAGGUCAAGAACACGAACGGCAAGCGUCCCGCGCCCGACGACGGCCCCUCUCAGUCUACGAAGAGGCGGCGGAAGGCGAAAGACGACAUGGCGGGGACGAAUGAGGAGACGGGAACGCCGCGCAGGUCGCUCAGGACUCGCAAGGAGCUGCAGGAAGCGUCGUCCUCCACGUCGCCUUCUUCCAUGGCGCUCGCCGUUGACGACCCCGCGGCGAUGGCCGUGGACAUGGAGGCGGUCCAGACAGUCGAGGAUACCGAAGCCUCGACAGCUGCAGGAUCGCAGAAUCCUCCAGCUGCGAAGAGCACGAGGAGACCCCGAGGGAAGGCCGCGGCGACCAGGAGACCCGCUGCGAAGCGGAAGGCGAGGAAUACACGAAAGGCACCCUCAGGAGGCUCGCCAUGUGAGAGCCCAUCGCUGUCGGCACAGUCACCAAUCACGAUCCGCAUCCCGCCGCGGUCUGCAACCUCGUCGCCAGCGGUGGCUACGCGCGAGCUGGCGGAUGGAGCUCCAGCCUUGACGUGGGACGAGCCGACAGUAGCCGCAUCGCCGUGGUCUUCGUGCGACACCGCGGUCGAACCGUCUACCGGGGUGACUACGCGCGUCGGGACGCCUCAGCCGGACUUGGAGGGCAAGGUUAAGCCCGGAAGUUUGAGACCAAAAGUGGCUCCCGAAGUUGCUGGACGGCUUUCAACCAAGAUGGCACUGAAUGGAAAAUACAUGGUACUCGCUUCGUGGCCGAAGUGA